CUCACCUUCCACUGGUCAACAAAUCGGUUGCCAUGGUUUGUGGUUUGCGACCACUUAAAUAACAAACUUUUUGACUAAACACGGUUUGCAAUCAACACAAAAACCAAAAACGACCAUGGAUUUGUACGAUGAAAUGUACGAAAUCAAAAACAGUCGUGAGAUUGACGACAGUCCUCCACCCGAUCUGGAUGUGUCCGGUUCGUUAAAAUUUCUACACGACAAACAACCCAGCGAGGAAAAAUCCAUUAAGGACGACAGUGCGCAUAUCGACGAAAUUGAUGAGGAGGUUCCGAAACCUGCGAAACCCAAAGACAUCUUUAUCAAGCGGGAGAGUUUGCAAAAGCAUGACUCCCUGACGGACAGCAGCGGCAGCAUAUCCGAGGACGAGAAAGAGCCGCCAAAAAAACUUAUCGAUGAAAAGGAAUUUAAUCCCAAGUUCUACGAAAACAUCGAAGCUCCGAAUGAGCUGAAGGACAUUUUCCAGUACAUCACACGCUUUUCACCACAGCGUGUCAGUAUCGACUACAAGCUGAAGAUUUUCGUUCCGGAUUUCAUCCCUUCGGUUGGGGAUAUCGAUGCCUUUCUGAAGAUUUACUCGCCGCCGUUUUUGAACGAGGAUAAGAAAAAUACGCUAUCCGAGCAUAUUAGGAAGCUUGGUUUAGAAACUUUGGACGAGCCAUGUGGCGAGCAGAGCGAUCGGGUUCUUCUGCAGAUGAAGAUGCGGUCGAUUUUUACGAAGCCAUUGGAAACUCCGUCGGCUAUCGCGAAGAGUCCGAAGGAUAUCGACCGGUGGAUAACGGAGAUUCAAUCACUUAAGGCGAACCAAUCGGCCACCCAGAAUCUGAACUUACUCAAAGCCAGCGCGGUUAACAUCGACAGUCUAAUGUCCGAGUGGCCGGAGGAGGUUGAAAAAAUGCUUGAUGCGGUCGGGUUUCCCUCGGCGGAUCUGGACUGCUCGUUGACCAGCUCAGCUCAGCGUCUACCCGUUAUCUUCGUCCGGCGCCGUAUCUCGCCAAUUCGAAACUCGACGAACUGCUUAUAUCGACGCUGAUCGGAAAGAAUCCAUAACAGUACAACACUUGCGUCGAGCCAUUAAACCACUUGCUCAAUCUUCAAGCUGUAACUCUCGAUAACCGUCUGUGCCAGUCGCGCUUCAAGGACAGCAACUCGAAGCUUCAGGUGCGUGAUUGACAGUUACUUAACAGAGCCACCUUUGACCAGCUCAUAACCAGCGCAUAUUUCUCGAGAAACAUUUCAAAAGGUCCUAUCUGA